UGGUGCACUCUGGUGGUUCUUGCAUUGGUGUCACUGCUUCUUCGCAGUCCGACUGUUGGAUUGCUGCUCGUGUAGGAUUAGGACACCUGAAACUGCCGCAAUCCCAGUGGACGUAUGUUAAUGGACACGGACGGAUUUUCUUCCCAAAAAGUUUCAUGGACUGAAGGAAGAGCUGCUACUCUGUGAAAUAACACAACUUUGCGGACAGUUGGGAUACUUUUUUUUUUUGGAAGAACAUGCUGCUCUUGCCUACACCAGGAGAUCUUCCAUCAACAAUCACGGCUUGUUCAUCCCGUGUUCAAAUAUGGAAAGCCAGUGCGGCCUUGUGAAGAAUCCCAAGCUGUGAAAUGUAAGCCGCAUCUGUAAAGUAACGAAUACCUUUUUACCUAUUGGGCAGAUUUAUGAUGCUUGUGAGAAGCCGUUUGGGUAAAUUUGACAUCGUCAGCUGAUUAUAAUGGAUGGAAACCUGAGCGGCUCAGCUUUCGAUGUGAUCAACAGAACAGACCCCUAUCACGAGGCUCUAGAGCCCUGGGGUCUGAUCGUGCUGGUCGUCUUCGUACUGGUCGUCAUCAUACUGACUAUAGUGGUGGGAAACCUGCUCGUCAUCGUCGCUGUAGCUCGCACUUCACAGCUGCAAACAACCACGAACAUCUUCAUUAUGUCGCUGGCGUGCGCAGACCUCAUCAUGGGGGUCCUCGUGGUGCCUCUGGGCGCCACCAUCGUGGUGACUGGCAACUGGCAGCUCAGUGACACAUUCUGUGAGAUCUGGACUUCCGUGGACGUCCUGUGCGUGACGGCGAGCAUCGAGACGCUCUGCAUCAUAGCAGUGGAUCGGUACAUAGCCAUCACCAGGCCCUUCCGACACAAGGUCCUGCUCAACAAGUGGCGUGCGAGGGCGAUAGUCUGCGUAGUGUGGGUCGUGUCCGCCUUAAUUUCAUUUGUACCCAUUAUGAAAGGGUAUUGGCGUGACAACGACAAUGAAGCAGCAAAGAGGUGCUACGAUACGCCUACAUGCUGUGACUUUGAGACCAACAGGGCCUUCGCUAUUAUAUCCUCCAUAGUGUCUUUUUACAUCCCACUGCUCAUCAUGAUAUUCGUUUAUGCCAGAGUCUUUCUAAUAGCCACGCGGCAGGUCCAGCUCAUAGAUAAGAACCGCAUGCGUUUUCAGAACGAAUUUCAAAUAGCGCCGGUGCAGGUGGAGCCGCACAGGAAUAAUGCGGCGUGCGCCGGCUCCGUCGGCUGCAGCACCGCGGCGCGGAGAAAGAGCGUCAAGAGGAGGCCGUCGCGGCUGAUGCUGGUCAAAGAGCACAAGGCCCUGAAGACCUUGGGGAUCAUCAUGGGGACCUUCACUGUGUGUUGGCUGCCGUUCUUCGUCGCCAACAUCAUCAACGCAUUCGAGAGAGACAUUCUCUCAGACACGAUCUUCAGACUGUUAAACUGGCUGGGUUACAUCAACUCCGGCCUCAAUCCCAUCAUCUACUGCAGGAGUCCUGAGUUUCGCACCGCGUUCAAGAACCUGCUGGGCUGUCCGUGGUGGUCCAGCCUGUGGCUCGGUGCUUUCUAUAAAGAGCUGCAGACUCGCUGCUCCUGCUUUCUAGGGCAGGGCGAGUCGGGCCCCGCGGCCGGCUCUUUCCAAAAGCCUCCGACCGGGAGCACUGAGGUCAGCGAGAGUCCGGCCAGUAGUCACGGGAGAGAUAAGAGCGAGGACGAUUUCCCGGAUCCUCUGCAGUCCAACGGCAGCACACAAAUCAGUGAAUUAACUGAGCCAGAAAACAAAUUCUUCACAUUGCAGGAAAGGAACGGCUGAACUGUAAAAUGCCAAGCUACUGAAGCAAACUAUGACAGACCAAACAGCAGCGGGGACGAGCUGAAGAACAAACACCGGUCCUAAUAAAGGCAGCUGAGCAACGCUGACCCCAAAGAGACGACUGCACCGACAGCAGGGAGCACUGGACGGACUGCUCCACGUCAGCGCCUCGCAGACAUUAAGUGACACCGAAGACAAUGCGGGAAGGUUUUCAAUGCAUUCCAGUUAACGUGGGGUCACAGUGCGCUGGGGCCGUUGGUUUUUAAAAAUGGCAGAAUAAACCAGUUUUGUACAGUGUAUUGUAGGCGAAGCAAUAUAUAUUUAUUAGACAUUGAAUAUUUAGGAGAACAAGAUCAUGAUUCUGUCUUCAACCUCUGUGGAAUACGAGCUGAACUAAAAGGGCUGUGCAUUGAAAUAUUUAAUUCUGGUGUUUGUUUAAGUCUUUCUGUUUCAGCAUCAACUCUGUGCUGACACAGCACAUGUCUUUGUUAAAAUAUACCACAACUAUGGAAAAUGUUAAUUUCUGAUUUCUGGCUGUUAAAAUCUUGUAUCAGCGGAACUCGAUAUUCCUGUCAUCAUCAGUAUUCUGUGUGUUUAAGGUACAGUAUUAAAAAACUAAAGGUCACCCUAACAAAAAACA